AUGGCGCCCGGCGCCUGCGCAGUGGAGGCUCCUUCCGUCUUUCCUAGGACCCUUCUUCGGCCCUUGGUGCUAUCACAAGAGUGCGGUUUGCGUCCUGUGCUCUUGCGAAUUAGGCCUAGGAUUUCCAUUCAUAAGUAUCUCGGGGUUCACUUCAAGAGAACUGCAGCCAGCAGCUCAGGCUGGCUGCGGGUCGUGAGGAAAUCCACGCUCCAGCUUCACGGGCCGCCCUCUCCGCAGCGCUUCGUCAGGCGGGACUGCCUCGUUUUUGGGAUGCGCGACACGCACCUCCUCAAGGGCGCAGGGAUACGAGGCGGGAUGAGGGAGGCGCCCGUUGCUGCCCUCCUCGCUGCCACGCGGGGGGCGGAGGCGAAAUGGCGGCGUGGGGCGGGCGCAGGCGAGAUGGCGGCGGGAGUGCUCAUGUGCCGAGGGAAGGCGGUGCGGGACUUCACGGGGCCCGACUGCCGCUUCGUCAAUUUUAAGAAGGGAGAAGCGGUCUACGUGUAUUACAAGCUGAUCGGACAAUCCACCGAGCUUUGGGCGGGCAGCUGUGACUUCACGUGCCAGAUUCGGCUGGGCAACGUGAUUUACGCAGGCCAGCUGCGCCAGCUAUGUGGAGCCCUGGAGCUGGGAAGAGCUGCUGUUGGCAAAUUAGAAACAGGCUACCUUGUGAGAUCUGAGCUCAAAGAAAUUUCUGUGGAAGACACGUUACCUUCUGCUGCAGCCCCUUUGUGA